AAAUAGGUUCUUUCAAAGAUAAUGAGAAGCAAAAAUUCCAUCGAAAAUUUUCUGAAGUUUGUUGAAAUUUGGCCAUGGUCUGAAUAGUGGUGGCGAAUAACUCAUACGGACGUUGAGUGAAUCUCGCAACACAUGAUCGCCGUCGCCAGCCGAUUAUCAUGCCCAAUAUUUAUAAAAUAGGUGGCAUCUCUAUAGCCGCAUUAGUAUUGAUAGUCAUAUUCUUCACCCACACAGUCGACGUCGAUUACCAAUGGAAUAAAUUCAGAAACAAGAACCCCCAUGGGGGGGCUAUAGCUGGCGGUGUUCCUCUCCGUAUUAUGUUCCUAGGAGCCUCAGUCACACGCGGUGAAGUUUCGACCGGCGACAGAGGAUACAGGAAACACAUUCGAGACAAGCUCACGUCCCUGGGUAAUCCAGUCAACUGCGUCGGCUUCAACCGCUUUGGCGACUUUCCCGAUAACGACGUCGAAGGCUAUGGUGCCAAUCGAAUCAGACAAAUCCGCGACCACGCGGGACAGGCCGUAUCCUACCUCCAGCCGAACCUCGUCCUCAUUCAGGUUGGCACUAGCGACUGCUUCCAAAAGGACGAUCCUACAAACAUCCUCGCGAGGAUGCGAGAUCUUGUCGACUACCUGCUAGAAGCCUCGCCACGAGUCACUGUCAUCUUGUCGACCCUCGCGACUACGCCGGACCCUGAGGUGGAGCCCUGCAUGAAGAGCGCAAACGCGCAGAUCCGACAAGUGGCAACCGACUUGAUCCGAGAGAAAAAGCCAGUCACGUUAGCAGAAAUGCAUUACGAUCAAGGGCUCCCCUACCGGCCGCGACCUGAAGACAUCGGAGGCGAUCGUAUCCACCCAACAGACGAGGGUUAUAUUAUGAUGGGAGAUAUUUUCUUAGAGAAGAUCCGCGAGGCCGAAGAGAAGGGUUUCUUGAGACACCCUGCGAAUAAUGGUAUCCCUUUUGAUGGUGAAGAGAGCAGGGAAGUUGAAGACCAACUGCAUGAAAAGGCGGAUAAGGAACACCCCCUGAAGUAAUAGAGUCAAAGAGCGGAGGCGUUAGAUCCGAAUAGAGGGCAACAUCUGAUAUUUUCAAGAUCGGUAGUUUUAGUUGGACCGAAUUUGGAGUAAGGACAUAUAUCUGGGUAUUUCAAAUGAGGUUUCAAUAUCUUUCCGGCUAUGUUUGUAUGUAUUAAGGGUGCCGAGGUAGGGAAAACGUGCCAGUUAGACAACGCGUAAUAGGUAACAAAGGAAAGUGGAUAUGAUGAAGAUCUGUUCCUGAAUUCCCGAGAUCUCGGAUCUUCGGGUUUCUAAUUAAUGGUACAUAUGUAUGUUGGUGUUUGAUAAUUCGAUACUUGUCAACUUCUAACGGUGAAUGCUUUUUUGUUGAGCAAGAUUAAGUACCUGGUAAUCAAAUGAUAUGAAAACAUUUUAGCUUGAAGGGAACGGUUAGACCAAGAAGAUCUCGGGAUCCAACCGUUUGGAGAUUAGCUGCCGAGCUAGACAAAAGCUUCUUCGAAUGCGAUGAGAAAUCGAGAAGUCGAGAACCUUAAAAAUUCUCAAAAUGGGGUAGCUUAGCUAAUUUGUAGUUUAUUUAGUCGGAAUACUUCCCUAUCUCGG